AUGACUAAAACACCUCUAAGAUGUAAAUUGGUUGUCGAUGACAAAAUAAUACAACAAGUGAUGGAAUUCAACUACUUAGGUAUAAUAAUUUCGAACUUCAGUGACAUAGAGUCAGAAGUAAGAGGACAAGCCAUCAAGGUAGCAAGAACAGCCUCACUAUUAAACGACACCAUAUUCCGAAAUAAACACCUAAGAAUAGAUGCAAAAGCACGUAUAUACAAAACCGCUAUAAGGCCUAUACUAACAUAUGCGGCAGAAACAAAAUCUGAAACAUCUAAAACACGCCAAAUCAUGGAAGCAACUGAAAUGAAAAUAGUUCGUAGAAUAGCUGGGAAAUCACUAUGGUACAGAGUAAGAAGCGAAGACCUCAGGAAAGCAUGCCAGAUCGAGAAUAUCAACGACUGGGUAUUAAGUAGAAAAGUUGAGUGGAAUGACCACAUCACUCGCAUGACUGAUGACCGAGUGGUCAAAAUAUCCCGAGAUAAGUCACCAUCGGGGAGACGAAGCGUUGGAAGACCUCGAAGCGCUGGAGCGACAGUCUGA